GGCGGGACGGGGCGGGGCUGGCGGCCUCCCGGGCCUGGCUGAGGCGCUGCGGCCGGGUCCCUCUCCACCUGCAGGGCCGAGCGCACGGGCCAUGGGCUGAGCCCCGCUGAGCCCGCCGGGCCGGCCAUGGGCGACCGCGAGCCCAACAAGAAGCGGCUGCUGGAGCUGCUGCGGGCGCCGGACACAGGCAACGCGCACUGCGCCGACUGCGGGGCGGCAGAUCCCGACUGGGCCUCUUACAAGCUGGGGAUCUUCAUCUGUCUCAACUGCUGCGGUGUCCACCGUAACUUCCCUGACAUCAGCAGAGUUAAAUCCGUGCGACUUGACUUCUGGGACGACAGUAUUGUGGAGUUUAUGACCCACAAUGGGAACCUCCGUGUGAAGGCCAAGUUCGAAGCCAGAGUCCCAGCUUUCUACUAUAUCCCCCAGGCCAACGACUGCCUGGUCUUAAAGGAACAAUGGAUUCGAGCUAAGUAUGAGAGACGGGAAUUUAUGGCUGACGGGGAAACCAUCUCACUCCCAGGUAACCGAGAAGGAUUCCUGUGGAAGCGAGGAAGGGACAACUCACAGUUUCUGAGAAGGAGGUUUGUACUUCUGGCAAGAGAAGGCCUCCUGAAGUACUACACAAAAGAAGGGGGUAAAAGCCCCAAAGCUGUCAUCAGCAUUAAGGACUUGAAUGCCACCUUCCAGACAGAGAAGAUAAGGCACCCCCAUGGGCUGCAGAUCACCUACAGGAGAGAUGGCCACAUCAGGAACCUGUUUGUGUAUCAUGAAAGUGGGAAGGAGAUAGUGGACUGGUUCAAUGCCCUGCGUGCAGCCCGUCUGCAGUAUCUAAAAAUGGCUUUUCCUGAACUCCCGGAGUCUGAGCUCGUGCCAUUCCUCACCAGGAACUACCUCAAACAAGGCUUCAUGGAAAAGACUGGGCCAAAGCAGAGAGAACCUUUCAAGAAAAGGUGGUUCGCCCUGGAUUGCCAUGAGCGGAGGCUGCUCUAUUACAAGAACCCACUGGAUGCCUUUGAGCAGGGCCAGGUUUUUCUUGGGAACAAGGAGCAGGGAUAUGAAGUCUAUGAAGACCUGCCCAAGGGCAUCCGAGGAAAUCGCUGGAAAGCCGGACUCACCAUUGUCACCCCAGAGCGGAGAUAUGUCCUCACUUGCCCCAACGAGAAGGAGCAGCAGGAAUGGCUGGAAAGUUUGCGGGGUGUCCUGUCCAGCCCCUUGACGCUCCUCAACCGCCUCACUGCAUCAACAGAGAGUGGCCGCAGCAGCAGGUGACCCAUUAACUGAGGAACUGGCUGCCACUGAACACCUGGAGCGCCUUGCGGGAAGGAGAAGUUCGCACCUCGACCCUGGCUGCCCACCAUCAGUGCCCCACAGUCAGCAGCCAUCCCUGGCAGUGAACUCUGCCAGGACUGAAGCUGUGGCUUUAUCCAUCAGCUCCCUGAGCCUUCCCCGCAACCCACCCCAGGGAUCUGAGGAUCUGGUACAUAGAUGAACAUCUAUCCCCUCCUCCCCCAUACACACCCAGGCUUGAAAUGCCCUAUAGGCCCAGAACUUUCUCACAUCUGAAAUGGAGGCAUUGCAAUGAAAAGGCACCCACAGCAUCAUGCAAGUGGCAUCUUGU